AUGAAUAAAAAUACCAAUACAUAGUAAUAUUUAUUAAGAUUAAUAGCGAUACUCUUAUAAAAGUUGUGAUAGUAGGGAAUUGCAAUGUUGGAAAAUCAUGUAUAUUAAUGAGAUAUUCUGAAAAUUAUUUUACAUCACAAUAUUAUAAUACUAUUGGUGUAGAUUUUGUAUAAAUAGAUUAUAUUUAGAGAAAACUAGAGUAAUUAAAAUAGGGAAUUAAGAUGUUAAAUUGUAAAUUGUAUUUAUAUAAAAUAAUUAAAGUGGGACACAGCAGGAUAAGAAAGAUUUAAAGCAUUGACAAAUAAUUAUUAUAGAGAUGCCCAUGGAGUUGUGAUUGUUUAUGAUGUGACUGAAAGAUCUACAUUUGAUGCAGUAGAUAGUUGGAUUGAAGAUAUAGACAAGUAUUGAUAUACUUAAGCAAUUAAAAAAAGGUUUGGGAGAAAAACAGUUUAAAAAUUAAUAGUUGGCAAUAAGGCUGAUAUACCGAAUAAAAGAAAAAUAAGUAAACAGGAGGGUUAAGAGAAAGCCAAAUAAUUUAAUGCUUAAUUUUUAGAAACAUCAGCUAAAACAUCUGAAAAUGUAGAUAGAUUAUUUAUUUCAAUUUGUGAGUAAGUCAUGAAUAUGAAAUAGUAAUAACCUUACAAUUAAAAUAAUAAUCUUAAUCAAUAAUAAUAGAAUUAACCUAAUGGUGGAGGGUGUUGUUGA